AUGGAGAACACGAUUAAUGCUUCGAAUUGUUUGGCCAUGGAAUCGUUUGCUUCCCAAUUUCAUUGUGAUUCGCUGAAACGAGCUGCGUUAAAGUGCAUAUGCCAGCAUUUUACCUCUGUCGUUGAGUCGGAAGAUUUCAAAACUUCGGAAUAUAACAAGGUUAAGAUGUUUAUAUCCCAAGACGAGAUAAUUGUUUCCAAAGAGGAGGAAGUUUAUGAAGCUGUUAUCCGCUGGGUGAAACACGAUAUGGUUAGCCGUGAGUCCUUCUUGCCCGAGCUCCUCAAAUGUGUUCGUAUCUUUUCUAUGUCGAAGUUCAGUCUGCGAGAAAUAGUGGCGAACGAAGAACUAGUCUUAAACAACCAGGAGUGUAUGAGCACUGUCCUUGAAGGAAUGAGUUCGUUUCUUUUUCCAGAUGAUGCGGCCUCCAGACUAUUCGAAAGACCUCGUUUAUGCCUCAAGACACAUGAGCCUGUCGUAGUUUUUACUGGUGGCCAUGUAAUACCUUGUCAAAUGUAUCCACCUUCAAGAAAAACAUUUGGCUUUUUGCCUGCCACGAAACAGUGGGUAGAGUUACCAAAGAUGACUGUGGGUCGCUCACGACAUGCAGCAGCAGUUUGUAAUGGUCAUUUGUUUGUGGUGGGUGGUCAGGAAUGUGCAGCUCUGUCUUAUUACAACCCUUUUCAAAAUAAAUGGUGUACUAAGAAAGAUAAGAUGAUUCCAGUUCGCAUGGGUGCAACACUUACUACUCACAAGGUAUAUGAUUGGCGGCAAAAAGGACAGUGGAAUAAUCUUGCACUCUGUUAG